AAUUAGACAAAAAUACAUCCAAACCCUCACUCAUUCACUCUAAUUCUUUGUCUACCCAACAAAAAUGGCGGCAAGGGCUCUGCAGCUAACCCCUCUGCCACGGCCACCAUCCACUCUCCAAACCCUUUCAAGAAUUGCCGUUUCAUCCACUCCUUCAAAGAUCCAGUCUUCACACGGCGCAGCAGUUCUGCGUAAGACGAAGAAGAUAGAAGAGCAAGACCUGUACGGGCUCCCAAAAGAGUAUUACGACGAUGAAUGGCAAGCCCAACAAUGGGAAAAGACCAAGGAAUUGCAUCAAAGGCGUCAAGAGGAAGAUGAAGAGGAGGAAAGAAAGAUUGAUGAAUAUCGUGAAGUUGGCAUGCGGUUGAAAGACUAUCCGGAAGAAGAAGUUCAAAAGGCAAGGCAGCUGGUUUCAGGCUUUAUCAAAUCUGCCGAAGAAGUAGAAGAGAAAAUUGAAGAAGCUGCUGAGAGGGGCGAACUCACUGAACUUGUUCUGAUGGUCAUACGGAAUCGUCUUGAUCUCGCUCGACGUGAUGAUGAGAAGGAUGCUGUUAGAAGUCUUGAUCUCUUAUACAGACGGGUUGAGACUGAGAUUUUGAAACGGGAAGCUACUCCAGCUAUGAGACUACUCAACGAUCUUUUGAAUUUGCAUGACGGGUUUAAUGAUGAAGGGUGGCUGAAGGAAUGCAAGAAGCGGAUGGUUGACACCUUUCCGCGAGAGGAUCCAUUCAGUAUUCUUGUCCCAGCAGGGUUUGACAUUGAUAAGCAUCAAGGUCCACUGAGACCACCACUUGAGGGUGAUGAUCUCCUUUUGAGGGUAGACUUUGUCCGAGAAGUUGAUGCAUUGCUGCAAGAGGUUCGGUAUGAACAAAGCGAAGUAGAAAAUGAACAAGGGCUUGAUCCCGAAUCUGUUGCAACUAGGUUGAAGCAACAGGAGAAGCAGCGAACCAUUCGGCUAGUGUUAGCUCUCUUGGAUCUUGCGGUUAAUUUGAAAUGGUAAUUGUACUAUUUUUUAACCAUUUUUUUCUCUGAAAAUCUUUGUAAAAUUAUUGCAUUAGCCAUAUUUUUGCCAAGGUCUGAAGAGAAAAUGACUCAGUUAGGAGUAUAUGUAUUUUGCAGUUUCUUUAUACAGAACAAUGUAUAUGCCACUGUUACUUAUUUUCUUUACCUUUUUUCCUCUUUUUAAA